AUGAUGGUCACCUGUUUGUCUUCUCCUCAUCCACAGGAUCAAUGUCAAGGCCUUCGGUAUUCUGGGGACAGCAUCUCACUUGGUUUUGUCUUCACUGCUUACUUUCUCUUUUCUCCCUCAGAAUAUUUCUUCCCUUCGUAUGUGCAGAGUUCCCAGGAGGCUUUUAGUCAUACAAAGGGUUAUCAUCUGUCAUGCAGCCGUCUUAUCUGUAACCCAGCCGCCUUAUCAAUUGGAUCUCCUAGGUGCAGCUGGCUUAUCUCUAAUAGCUUAUCGAAUCCUAAUAAGGCCAUUCAGUUGCCUUAUUCGAUAAGCCCCUCCACUUCUCAUGGCCCAGCCCCUAAGACCCCCCAGCUUAAGACAACUAAUAUUUGCAGUUCAUCAGCUGCUUUUCCCGGUUGGUCUCAUCUCUCAGCUAAUGGUCGCAGCUCCUUUAAAGCAAUGUAUCCAGCUUAG